AUGUCAGAACAAUAUUCAAAUGAUUUUAAAUUAAAUGCAGCAAUGGCAGCAAUUGUUCUUAGUGGUGGUGUUAUUGGAUAUGCCAAAUCAAAAUCAAUGCCAUCAUUAAUUGCAGGUAGUGUUUUUGGUUUAUUAUAUUCAACAUCAGCAUAUUAUUUAUCUCAAGGUAAUAGUAAAGUUGGUCUAGGUGUAUCAGUUCUUGCAUCAUCCUUAUUGGGUGGUGUAAUGGGUAAAAAAGCAAUUGCAACUUCUAAACCAAUUCCAAUCAUUCUCGCUACAGGUUCUGCUUUCACUUUAUUAUCAAGUGGUAAAGAAUUAUAUAAUAUUCAUAAAAAUUAA